AUGAAAAUUUGAUCCUUGAUGCUUUGUUUGUAGCUUUCCGAGUUAAAGAAAAACCUCUCCAAUAUGAAGUCUGAACUUCAGGAAGCUCUCCAGCGAGCGAACGCAGCCCUCAGCAAUGAACAGCAAGCUAAACGGGACUGUCAGGAGCAAGCAAAGAUAGCUGCUGAAGCGCAGAGUAAAUAUGAACGGGAGCUGAUGCUUCAUUCUUCUGACGUUGAAGCUUUACAAGCUGUCAAGGAGCAAGUUGCAACGAAUUCAGCAAUAAAGCAGCAAUUAGAGGAAGCAGCGCAAAAGGCAGAAUCCACGUUGCGGGAGAGCAAAGCUUCAUGGGAAGAACGAGAAAGAGCGUUAAAGGAUGAAGCUUCUAAGCUUGCAUCUCGCUGUCAGGACUUAGAGAAACAAAGCCAGCUGUUGCACGAACAGCUGGAAACUCUGAGCAACAAGAUGAUGGCUUCAAUGAAGGAAGGCGGCUCAGGGGCCCUGAAUGUGUCUCUCAGCGAAGAAGGAAAGUCACAAGAGCAAAUGGUAGAAAUUAUCAGGUAUUGUUGAGUUCAUUGUAUUGAUCCAGUACAG